AGUUACAAUGAGAGUUUUAAGUAAUUAGUUAAUGCCAAAGAACUGUCUUAGGUAAUGUUUGAAUAUGCGUUGGAGCUCUUUUAAAUAUUGCUCCUUUUUACAACAGUGAAAUCUUUGUGAGUGACUGAAAAAAAUAAGUUUUACGCUACGGCGUUUGUGCAUAUUUCAAGUUAACUGUGCGAAUUCAAAGUGCAAUCAUGCGACGUAUGAAAAUGAACAUAAACCCGGAUCUGGGCGAUCUAGAGGAGAUGUUAGCCCACGUACAGACGCAGAUCGAGCAAGAAAUCGACCUGGAGAAGGAAUCCAAGAUGCCCUCACUAACCAGCGUCCAGGAAUCGCCCAAAAUGAAGCGGUCGUCUUCCAUGAAGACAGACUUCGAAUACCGGAAGCCUUUGCCGAGACCGCAACUAAACAGGAUACAAAGUGACAACGGCACCAAAAUCGAGGAUUAUAGACAUGAGUACGGUCAAACUAAUUUGAUACAAAACGGCCUGAGAGGGUCUCAAAGUAGUUUGAAGUCGAAUGAAGACGCAGGGUCUCAUAUUUCAUUCCAGUCCUUCAGGUCGGAGCCAGUCCGGCAUUCGGUUAUGAGUCUUCCGGACAAAAGGGACUGUAGUACCCUAAAUGGAAGGGGUAAAACUGCUACUUUACCUAGAGGGUACGGGUCUACGCGGGAGAAGAAUUGGGAGGAUUAUUGGGCCAACGAGCAAUCAAUCAGCAGCGCCCGCGCCUCCGUCAUGGUGUAUGACGACGCUGUGAAGAAGUGGAUACCCUCGGGCUCCAGUUCCGGCCUGUCCAAAGUCCACAUCUACCAUCACACGCAGCACAACACCUUCCGAGUGGUGGGCAGGAAGCUGAACGACCAUGAGGUGGUGAUAAACUGCGGCAUAGUCCGGGGUCUGAAGUACAAUCAGGCGACUGCCACGUUCCACCAAUGGCGGGACGCGCGGCACGUUUACGGGCUGAACUUCUCGUGCCGCGAAGAUGCGGACAGCUUCGCACGUGCCAUGAUGCAUACUCUCGAAAUCCUAGCGAACAAAGUGAUGAACAACACGGCGCCCCCUCCACCGCAGCCCCCCAACCCGCCUGUACCCUACAAUGGGCACAUUAACACUCACUAUGACGAGGACAUGGGAUACAGAACAAUGACCCGAGAGGAUGCGGCGAUACUCCAACAGCCGCAAUACCACGCGCCGCUCCAUCAACAGCACAUACCGCCGCAUCAGCAGCACCAGCCGCAACACCAACCGCAGCACCAACCGCAGCUAGCACCUCAACACCAACCGCAGCUAGCGCCGCAACACCAGCCGCAACCGCAACACCACCCGCCUAGUCAAUACCACGCGCCGCAUCACCAUCAUCCGGCCGCACCGCCAGUGAGCGUGGUCCAAAACGCACCCGCGCCGCCACCGCACGGCGUCCACACGCUACCGCACGCGCCAGCGCCGCCCGGCCACGGCCACCACCGCACCAACAGUGCCCCGAUGCCACCAAACAUGUCUCUCUCAGCCGCUUCCACCAUCACAGCGCCACCGCCAGUGCCGCCGCACCAGAACCUGCCAGCGAACCUGCCGUCUGCUAACGGUCCAAUAGCACCCCCCACUCCACCGGCUGCUCCACAGCCCCCGCCCAUGCAACAGACUCCGCCCCCACAACCUCAAGCGCCGGCUCCACCGCCCCCGCCGCCGCCUCCAGGCGCGCCCCCGCCGCCCGGCGCCGCCCCUGCCGUGACCCCCGCGUGUCCCCCGCCCCCACCGCCGCCACCGCAGCCCCCCGCAGCCGACCUGUCCGGCCUUGCGGCGCAAUUGCAGCAGGCCAGGCUCAAACGGCAGGCCAAGCAACAACAACAGCAGUCAUCGGGUAGUGCGACCCCCGGCAGCGAAGCCUCCCCCCCGGGCGGGGUGGGCUCCGACCCCCCGGCCAACCCGCGCGGCAACUUACACUGUAUGAUGCACGAGAUGCAACGGACCCUCGCGCGGCGCAGGGCACACCUCGCGCACUUGGAUAAAAGCGAGCAGGAGUCGUCAACGGAGAGUUCGGCCAGCUCCACGCCGAUGAAGUCGUGGGAGAGGUCGGCAACGUUGCCGCAUCGGAUGCCCGCCGCCUGCAAUGGCAACUCGACGAACAACGAUGGCAGUGCGCCUGCGCAAUCCCCUAGAGCGGCGCGGAAGCGGUUCGGUUCCGCGAGCGAGGAAACUAUACUAAAGCAAGUGAACGGCGGUAACGAGAAUGGCUGCGUCUCUGCUGCCGAGUGGGACAACUUCAAACAAGACGUGCUGCGUGAGAUACGCUCGCAAGUCACCCAGAUGAAGCGGGAGAUACUCGAUGCCAUGAAGGCGGAGUUCGCGCGUAGGUAAACUAGUCCCUCGCAGGCCGCACCGGUGGAACAGUACUAAGCAAUCAUACCGUACAUAACAUGGGACAGUUCUAAGCAAGCUUACCAUACAGUAUACACUUAUGUACCAUAGUAAUUUCAACUACGUUAUUUAUACACAUUAGACAUAUGGGAUAGAAGCAGGCGUUAGUUCGGAGUUAAUGAUAAACAAUUAAUUAUUAACAUUAAAGCCUAAUCUGCUUUAAUUCGCGACAACAAGUUUAAAAAAGUGGUGUAUUAUUGUAUGUUCUUUUUUUGUUUUCACUUAAUUUGUAGUUAAAAUAGCCUGCAGUACAU